UGUCUGGAUUUCCCUCCACACUUCCUGCUUUGUUUGAGAGGGAGCGAAUUGACGGACUGAAUAGGCUAGCUGUGGAGUUUAGAACAUACGAAUGUGGGCUGGGAAGUUUAGAACAUACUAAGAAUGUGCUGGUUUUGAGUGAUUGUGAUUCACUCCCAGUCAGUGACAACAGACAGGAUAAGGAUAAGCAGUCAGGUUAAGUUAGGUUGUUAAAUUACUGUGCAAGUUAGCAUUUGUUGAUUCAAUUUAGCACUUAGCAAGUUCUGGUCACUACAGGAUCCUGUUUUGAAACUGGAUGUAAAGGGUCAAGCAUGGAUGUUGCUGUUGCAGAGGAACCCCUGAGGAAAAUCUUCAGAGCAAAAAAGACUAUGAAAGUCAGCGAUCGACGGCAACUGGAAUCCCUUCACACCACUCUUUCCUCUCCAUGUUCUUUCCCAUCCCCACCUCAGCCAUCAAUGGUAAAUGGGAAGCACUGUGAAGCUGUGUCUAUGGAAGUAGAUAAAGAAAUACAUGGAACUACACAUACCACCACUCAUGCCACUUCCUCCCUGACAGCCACAUCCCUAACCACUGAGACCUCUGAGGAACCAACAGCCUCUGAAUUACUGGUUUCUUCAUCACAGAACAUACACUCUGAUGUAAAAGAUCUUCAGGAAGAAGGAGAGGGGGACAAGGACUCUACAUUACCCAGCCUCGAGGUAGAAGACAAAAUUAAGGGGGAUAGAAAUUCCAAAGGAGAUGUUAUUGUUUCCUCUCCUGUGAGUUCAGAGAAAACAGAAGCAGUACGAGAGAGACAGGUUGAUGGUAUGGAAAUGGACCUGGUACCAGGUACCACUCAGGACACAGUGCCCAUAUUGAACCCUGCCGCCUCCCUCCUCCAUUCUUCCAACACGGCUGUAGAGUCUGUCUCUUCCCCUUCGCUCUCCCCAUCAUACACGGCAGAGUCAGACCAGGAGGUCAGGCCAGGGUUCCUGGUGCUUAGUGAAGAUGAUGAUGUCCAGGAUGAGAGUGAUGAGGAACAGAGGGAAUGUGAAGGAGGGGUAGAAAAAGUUGAGGUUAACAUGAAGAAGCCAGAACAAAUUGUAAGUGGUGCUCCAGUUGACUCUCCGUCCCCUUCAUCACCAACGCCCCUUCAGAUUGAUGAAGAAGAGGAGGGUGCUGUUCUACAGAAGAAACGAUCCUUGUCUGGAGACUCAGAGGAUGGUGGUGAAAAACAGGGAGAAAGAGACUUGGAAGUGGUGGAGAGGCAUAACAAGAGGCCCAGAGUAGACUGUGAAGAGCUGGAGGCUCAUGUGGAGCUGAAGAUCAGUGGGAGCUCUGAAAGGCAACACAAGCUAAAGAAGGUGGUGCAGCAGCUUGUUGAGGAGCAGUUGUGUGUUCUGCAGCUCACACUAAUUGACAAGAGUCUUCAGGGGCUCAGAGACAGACUGGACAAAAUAGAAAAGCACCCGAGUGCACUCAAGAGCCUGCAGGCAAAGAUUGGCCGACUUUCUAAGAAAGUUGGAACUGCCAUCCAGGCCAGGGAGAAUGCCAAGAAACCUCCAGAGGUACUGUUGCCACCUACCUCUACUCAUGCCACAGCAACCACCCCAGCAGAAUCAGCAAUUCUCGGCCUGAGAACAAUGGGGAACAACACACCGGAUCCAAAGCGUAAUGAUCAGAGCAGUCAAACCCCUACUCCUGUACGUAAUGAUCAGGGCAGUCAAACCCCUACUCCUGUACGUAAUGAUCAGGGCAGUCAAACCCCUACUCCUCUACGUAAUGAUCAGGGCAGUCAAACCCCUACUCCUGUACCCACAGCCUCCUUGCUACCUUCCCCCUCUUCCACAGCCUCAGCCGGAUCCCAACCCACAUCCCAAACCUUGAUGCUGAGCACCUGUGUUACUCCAACACCAGGCCCGUCCGCCUUCCCUCUCCAGUCAUUCCUCAUACAGCUGCCUGGUGGAGGGACAGCCAUCCUUACCAACCCAACCAACUCUCAGCUAAUCCCAGUGUGCGCACUUCCCGCCAUGACAAGUUCCACCGUGACACCCACCACUGCCUUCCUCCUGCAGAGGACUACUCCCUACACCCCUGCUGCUCCCAAGCCCCCCUCUGCUUCUGCCCUCUUAUCUCAUUUCGCUGCCAUACCCAUACCCACAACCACGACUACACCCACUGACACACCAGCUGCCACAACGUCUCACAUGACCAUAACCACACCCACAUGCAGGGCCACAACCACACCCUGGGCCACAACUGUAACCACACCCACAUGCAGGCCCACACCCAGGGCCACAACCGUAACCCCACCCAGGGCCACAACCGUAACCCCACCCAGGGCCACAACCGUAACCCCACCCAGGGCCACAACCGUAACCACACCCAGGGCCACAACCGUAACCACACCCAGGGCCACAACCGUAACCACACCCAGGGCCACAACCGUAACCACACCCAGGGCCACAACCGUAACCACACCCAGGGCCACAACCGUAACCACACCCAGGGCCACAACCGUAACCACACCCAGGGCCACAACCAUAACCACACCCAGGGCCACAACCAUAACCACACCCAGGGCCACAACCAUAACCACACCCAGGGCCACAACCAUAACCACACCCACACGCAGGGCCACAACCACACUCUGUGCCACACCCAAUGUCUCCCACCCUGGAGCCACUGGGACAGUCAGCAGGCCCAGCUCCGGUGUGUCUGUCUCUGUCUGUGAGUCCAUUCGGCUUGUGUCUGUGACGAACUCCACUUCAACUUCAUCCUUACCAAGAAUCUCAAUGCCAGCCACCACAGGCACUCAACCCUCUGUGCGACCAGCUACCUCUGUGCAACAAGCUGCCUUAGUACAACUAGCUGCCCCUGUACCACAUGUGCCUGCGAAAACAGGUAGUGAAUAUACAAACCCUCCUUCAGACUCCACACAGGCAUCUCACCCUGCCAAAUCAGAAGCAUUCAUAGACCUGACAGAGGAGGAGGAGGAGGAUGAUGAUGUUCUAGUUACUGGAGUGCUGAAGGCUCCGGUGGCUUUGAAGGCCUCACCCUCGCCUUCAACAGCGGGUCAGCGAACAACAGCCACACAGCAAACAGCCACCUCCACUUCAGUCGGCACACAGGCCGUGAGGUCAUCUCUUGGUCAGAUGUCAGGUGUUGGAUCUCCGCAUGCUGUUUAUCAUCGCCCCCUGCAGGGCUCCCCAUCUAAAAGUGUUGCCUCGGCAACAUCCACUUCAUCUUCCACACCUUGCCCCCAGCCCUCCCCCCUUCCCCCCUUGCCUGUCCCACCUCAAACUAUCAGCCUGCCCCUAGAAGCGGCCAGCACCAGCCCUCCACAGCAGCCUCUGCUCAAAAUAACCCGGGUUCCGAGCCAUAAUGACGGCAUCGUGCUAUCCUGGUCUGUGACUGAGGUAGACAGGAGCUGUGCUGCCGUGGACAGCUACCACCUAUACGCCUACCACCAGGACCACUCUGGCCCCAGCACACACCCCCUACUCUGGAAGAAGAUUGGGGAGGUGAAGGCCUUGGCUUUGCCCAUGGCCUGUACACUCACACAGUUUGUCUCUGGCUCCAAGUAUUACUUUGCAGUCCGUGCCAGGGACGUGUUUGGCCGCUUUGGACCAUUCUGUGAGCCUCAGUGCACUGACGUCUUAACGUCCCCUUCACCGAAAGCUCCAAUUUAACCACACGCUAAGAAUGAAGUUCAAAUGUAUUGUGUCAAGUUAAAACAAGAGGAGAAAUGUUGAUUCUGCAGAUUUUUGUUCUGGUUACUUAGAAAGCCAAAGUGAAAAGUUCAGUAAAGCUUCUGGCAAAACUAAUUGCUCUAUUUUCAAAUGAAUGUGUUUUAUCAGAAUUGUGCACUCAAAUCAUAUUUGAGCCCAGGUGUUUACAAGAGUGACUUAUCAUUGGAAUGUUACUGGGAAAUGUUGUUGCCCAUCUUGGUGAAAUGGGUUGGCCCCAUGUGACCACUGUCUCCCUGCCGUGUGUCUGCCUACCACACGGGAGCAGCAUUGUACCAAAAUGGUAUCUUCGACACAGGAUGAGAGGAUUUGAAAAUCAAAUCUGAAAUGGCCUGUUCCCGUUUCUGAACGAUUAUGGACAAAGUAUUCUUCUCCUUCUAGUUUCCUGCAGGUAUUUGAAAACUCAAACUUUUCAUUGCAAUUGUCAGUCUAACUGAAAGAACAUACUAUGAAGGGCAGAAUGACCAUGUUAUUGUAUGGUAGGUAAUACACAGUAGUUUUGCAUCUCAUGAGAGGCUUUAGCAUGCUCAUUUAUGUGCCCUCUCUUUUCCUCCUGCUCAAUUCCUGCUACUGGGAAGGACAAGUUCUACAGUUCAAUUAGACAUGAUCUAGGGCCUCCUGUGUAUGUGGGCACGUCCUGGGACAUUUUUUUUAUGGAUGUAAUUUAAUAUCGUUUUUUUACCUUUUUAAUUUGGCAUGAACAGAACCAGUCAUGAUGAUUUCAUAUUGUCAAACAAACAACUUCAAAAAGUAGGCUACCUGCGCACGUCAACUCCAAAAUAAUUCCAGUAUCCUAACAUUUGAUGAAUAGAUGAAUGGAAAGAGACAUCUGUUACGAAACACCAAAAAGUGUAAUGACAUUCUGUGAUUUUCAUUAGGUCUACACUUUUGUAGCCUGAAUUUAUUGAUCCGUCUUUGACAAAAGGAAGUUUUUUGGGGGGGAGAAAGAAAAGUUGGGGCGACUGAAAAGGGGCUGAGAGAUGGAACUAUCCCGGGAUGACAAGUGCAGCCACAUGGAUAUAUAUAUAUAUAUAUAUAUAUAUAUAUAUAUAUAUAUUUUUUAAACCAUGACCGGCGGGGGUGUUCGUUUAAUUUGGAGUACACUUUUAUUUUAAGAUUUACCUCUAGCAGUACAAAUUGCAUUUUAAAGAAAUAGUAGAAUUGUUUAAUUAGUAUUAUUUAGAGACCCUGCCCCCCCCCCCCACCCCAAAGUUAGACUUUGUUGCAUUUAGUGGGACUCAUGUCUCAUUCAGGGGUCUGAGACACUCCUGGGUCCCAUGCAAUUCAUACUGUCUGUUGAUCGUUUUAUGCUCUGUCUGAUAGUGACAUGUAAAGUCUUAAUGGCUGGUUAGAAACAUGUAAAUAAAUGCAUUGGACCGGACAACAGAAAGGACCAAGAAAUAUUCAGACUAUUGUAAUUGUUCAUUAAAAUGUUUGUAAACUCUA